UUUGUUCUGGGGAGCUCCAGGCUGGAAGAGAGGAUCGGAGAAGUCUAGUGUGGAAAGCAUGUGAUAAAGACUUUUUGUGUGCGUGUAUGUUUUUACAAGAUUUACAGCAGGAAAGAGACAGAGGUCUGGGCAAUACCCGGCCAACAGAGCUACUAUCACCAGUUAUAGGAUGAUUUGGCAAUCCCUGGCAAGGAACAGGUGUGUGCUUCAUUGCAUUGAAUUAUGCACCUGAGCAGAGAUGGACUGUUGAUCUCCUUCUGUUGCAUCCAUUUAUAAAUGGCUAUCUAAGCCAUCUUUCUGCAUGCAGAUCCAUUGAAAAUAAAUAUUGAAGAUGAAUAGAAAACUAAUCUUAACCCCAAGGAGUUUUAAUUUUCUAAAAAUGGGAAAGAAGCUCAAUCUUUCCAGAUUAACAGAUGAAGAGGCCAAACAUGUCUGGGAAGUAGUUCAGCGGGACUUUGAUCUGCGCAAAACAGAGGAAGAGCGUUUAGAGGAUCUAAAAUGCAAAAUUGAAAAAGAAAGCAUUAAGCGGGAGCUACUGUCCACUCAAUCCCACCUCAACAAAACCCUCUGUAUCCAUUGUCUGCAACCCUUUAAGUUUCUAUUAAACAGCAAACGCCAGUGCUUGGACUGUCACUUGUACAUAUGCAAAAGUUGCAGCCAGUACAACAAAAAGGAGCAAGGUUGGAUGUGUGAUCCAUGUCGCCUAGUUAGGAUUGCCAAAACUGGAUCCCUGGAAUGGUAUUAUGAACAUGUCAGAACUCGUUUCAAGCAUUUUGGAAGUGCUAAAGUGAUUCGAUCUCUCUAUCGAAGGAUGUCGCAUGGACAGAAAACGAAAUCUACUUCACUUGAUGAUUAUCACUUGUACAGAAAUAAUGAAAGUGAGGAAGGGGAAACAAGUGAUGAUGUGGAUGGAGCAGAAUCUGAGUCUUAUGCCAGGAUGCGCAAGAAAAAGCGCCUACUUUCUGUACAUUCCUUUGAUUUUGAAACCGACUCAGAAUAUUCUUCCCAAUCUCGACGUCAAUCUGUCCAGCUUUCUCCAUGUCCUGGGAAAGAAGGCCUUCAGAGCACUGAAGAUUUUCCAAAUGGUGAGGAAGCCUCCAUGCAGAAGGACUCCAUGGUAGCAGAAGCAGACUUGGCUGCAGUCUUCCAUCAUAUCUUGCAAGAGCAAAGGAAGCACAUAGCAAUUCCAGAACAGGAAUUCAGUACAGAAGUCCAGUUUAUAGACAACUCACAUACCAAAAACCUGGAAACAAUCCCCAAAGCUGGCAGUCCAUGGAAGGUGCAGCCCCAGCGCUCAGCUAAGGUGGAUACUUCUGAUGAAGAUGAAAAGGGGGCUCAAGAAACUUUCAUCUAUCAGCCACCAUACCCAAAACACAGGAGCCAAGCAUCCUCGCAGGAAAAUGUAAAUCACUCUGGAAAUCAGAUACUUGAACUGAACAAACGCAUCUCUGUUAUUGAAAGUAUGCUCAGCCGCCUUGAGGAAAAGAUCCUAGUUCACUCUGAGAAGCCUCUAGCUAUUGAAUACUACAUUGAUCGUACCACAGAAGUGAAGGAACUGAAGAGAAAAUUAGAAGAAUUGACAAAUAGCAUAACUAAAAAAGCUGCUUCUAUUGAUGAAGAAAAUGCAGGAAAGAAGACUGAAGAAUCCAAACUAGAAAUGGAUUCAUCUAAUGAAGAUCUUCCUCCUGAUGCUAAGAAGGUCAUGUCUGUGUCCCAUGUGUUGAGGAAAUUCAGUAUUUCCCAUGAAACUUCAAGUGGAUCUCUCUUAUUUUUGAGG